AUGGCUACAGCAGGGAAUGACGGCACAUCUAUUGCGAUUACCGGGCUCUCGUGUCGCUUUCCUGGCGAUGGAGAUAACCCAAGUAAUUACUGGAAGUUGGUAAGCGAAGGGAAAUCGGCAUGGUCCAUGAUACCUAAAGAGCGCUUCAAUGGAGAUGCUUUCUGGGCUGGUGGCAAGAAGGGCCACGGAAGUGUCACCAAAAGUGGUCACUUCCUCAAGCACGAUGUCUCACACUUUGACGCGAAUUUCUUUAAUAUUUCAGCUUUGGAAGCCAAUGCUAUGGACCCGCAACAUCGGCUCGCAUUGGAAGUCGUGUAUGAAGCCUUGGAAUCUGCAGGCUAUUCAGUUAAAGACCUAGCAGGCACGCGCACAGGAGUGUUCAUGGGUCAUUUCACAAGUGACUACAAGGAACUUGUUAUAAGCGAUACCGAUGGGAUACCGCCGUACGCCACUACCGGACUGAACAAAACAUCAUUAGCUAACCGCAUCUCUUGGACAUUCGACUUGCGUGGACCCAGCUUUGCUCUAGACACGGCGUGUUCCUCGUCGUUAGUAGCAUUUCACCUCGCUUGUCAGAGCUUGCGUACCGGGGAAUCAGAUAUCGCCAUUGUGGGCGGCACAAAUGUGCUCCUGAAUCCUGACAUGUUUGUGGCUUUUUCUGGUCAAGGCUUUCUCUCUCCAGAUGGCAAGUGCAAAAGCUUCGAUGCGUCCGGCGACGGAUACGGGCGCGGUGAAGGUGUCGCUGCCAUAGUAUUAAAACGAGUCGAUGAUGCCAUCGUGGCACUGGAUCCUCUUCGAGCAAUUAUCCGUGCAACUGGCUCAAAUCAGGAUGGACACACGAAGAGCUUGACACUUCCUAGUGCCGAUGCACAAGAGGCGCUGAUACGAGAUGUAUACCGGCUCGCGAAAUUAGAUUUUGACCAGACCGGCUACGUGGAGGCUCAUGGUACAGGCACACAGGCUGGUGAUACUACAGAAACGUUGGCCUUGUCUAGGACCAUUGCCAAGGGCCGUUCGUCCAAAAACAAACUUGUGGUCGGAUCAGUGAAGGCAAAUAUUGGUCACCUCGAGGCUGCCUCCGGGUUGGCCGGCGUCAUCAAGAGUGUGCUUAUGCUGGAGCACGGCGUCAUUCCACCAAACAUUCACUUUCACAACCCGAACCCAAAGAUAGACUUUGAGAAUUGGAACAUCCAGAUUCCUACCCAAUUGAUGAAGUGGCCGAGUCAAGGAACACGCCGCAUCAGUAUCAAUUCAUUCGGCUAUGGUGGGACCAAUGCUCAUGCAAUCCUUGAUGAUGCGUAUUCGUACCUUGGAGGUCGCAGCCUUCGGGGGUUGCACUACGUUUCCUCGGAAGAUCAUGAAAACAGAGAGGAAGAAGAGGGGGACGAUGAAUACAGCUCCCAACCGACUACACCGCGAGUUUAUGUGCUUACAGCCCAAGAUCGUGCCGGCUUGUCGCGUACGAAGAAGUCAUUAUCAUCAUAUCUGCGUACCAAGAUAGAUGAGCUGCAUGAUGAUUCACAAGCAGAGAAGUACCUCGCAGACCUGGCCUACACACUCAGCGACAAGCGCUCAAGAUUGCAAUGGAAGACUUUCGCCCUAGCUUCAUCCUUGGAUGAGCUAGCUGAUGCCCUGGAAUCCUCUGACGGUGGCAGAAUAGAGGUCAUGUCAUCCAGCGUGCCGCGUCUCGGAUUCGUGUUCACCGGUCAAGGAGCACAAUGGGCUACCAUGGGAAUGGCACUUAUGGCACUUCCAGAAUUCAGUGCCAGUAUCGAGGCAGCGGACUUGUUUCUUAAGAAAACCCUUGGCUGCCCGUGGUCAGCGCGGGCUGAGCUUUCUCGCGGCAAGGGAACCUCCCGCCUAGGACUCGCGCUCUAUUCGCAGACGCUGUGUACCGUACUGCAAGUUGCCCUUGUUGACCUAUUACGCAAAUGGGCCGUUGUUCCCGAUGCUGUUGUUGGUCACUCAAGCGGAGAGAUUGGUGCAGCGUACUGCGCAGGAUAUCUUUCUCGUGAAGAUGCUUGGCGAAUCGCCUACUGUCGCGGCGUGGUUUGCUCAAACAUGAAGACUGCGGCACCAGACCUAGAAGGCGCCAUGAUGGCUGUCGGUGCAUCACCAGAUACUUGCUCAGCCUUUAUUGAGCGCGUCUGCCCAGACAAAGUCAACAUUGCCUGUAUUAACUCGCCAUCAAGCGUAACCUUAUCAGGAGAUGCAGCAGCUAUAAUCUCAUUACAAGCGGCACUACAAGAGGAAAACAUAUUUGCACGCAAGCUUCUAGUGGAUACUGCCUAUCACUCGAAGCAUAUGAAGCUUGUAGCGGAGCAAUAUGCAAAAGCGAUUGCAGAUAUCCGGCCUCGAGCAAACACAACAACAGGCGGUGACGCAGCCUGCAAGAUGUACUCCAGUGUAACCGAAUCCGAGAUCACAUACAAAGACUUGGGACCCGAUUACUGGGUUCGGAAUUUGGUCUCACCAGUGAAGUUCGCCACAGCUAUACAGAAUUUGAUGCGCCCCGACGCAGACGCACGAUCCAGUGGCACAGAUGCCGUCGAUAUCCUCGUCGAGAUUGGUCCACACACCGCGCUUCGGGGGCCAGCAACUCAAAGUAUCCAAGCACUAGGCGUUAACAACAAGCCAUAUCUGUCAGCCGUAGUGCGCAAUGAAAGCGCGGUUGAAACGACGCUGAAUUUGAUAGGCACGCUGAUAGCAUACGGUAGACCUGUGGAACUUGCGCGGGUGAAUGGGACAGUGACUGGGAAAAAUAAAGUACUAGUUGAUCUCCCAUCUUAUCCAUGGAAUCAUGCCCAACAAUACUGGUCAGAGUCACGUCUAGCACGCGGACGCAAAGACCGACCUGUAUCUGCUAGCAGUUUACUGGGUUCACCUGUUCCAAGCUUCUUGGAGGGAGAAAGGGUCUGGCGGGGCUUCUUGCGUCUAUCUGAAGAACCCUGGGUGGCAGACCAUAACAUUCAAGACUCUGUCCUUUAUCCUGGAGCGGGCUUUUUGGCCAUGGCGAUCGAGGCAGCACUGCAAGGUGCAGACACAGCGCAUAAUGUCAAGGGCUUGAGCUUGCGUGACAUUGAGUUCUUAUCGGCUAUGCUUGUACCAGAAGAUGAAGAGCUUGAACACACCAUAACUCUGAGACCUCACUCAUCAGUUACCAAUUCUUCGGAAGAGCUGUGGAAUGAGUUUGUUAUAUGCAGUUCGCCUGAUCGCAAAUCUCUUGUACGGAAUUGUCGAGGGCUCAUACGCGUCUGCUAUGAUGACUCUGGUGCAGAAAACCUAAUCACUAAAAAGGAAGCCCAGGAAGAUCCUGGAUUGCUGCGGUAUAAGCAGGCAUCAAGUUCAUGCAAGGAAGAGCAGCAGCCGGCUGAGUUCUACCAGACGCUUACCGACUUGGGAUACAACUAUGGGCUAAAUUUCGCCAACAUCACCGAGGUUUCGGUAGGUGACGGCCAGAGUUGCGGUUCUGUGACUAUUCCAAGUGUUGGUCUACACGAUACACAAAGGCCACAUGUAAUCCACCCCGCAACCUUGGAUGCCAUAUUCCAUCUGGCCUUCGCAGCGGCCAAUAGCAAUCAUCUAAGCAAGCUGGCCGUACCCAUGGUGCCCAAGUCUAUGGAUGAGAUGUAUAUCUCAACUGACAUACCAUACUUGGCGCAGACCAAAUUGAAAGGCUACUCAAAAGCUCGUAAGCUCGGGUCCAGAAGGCUGUUGAAGGCAACAAUCGGGAUCGUGGAUGAAGAGGAGCAACAGUCAGUUCUCGAAAUCUCCGGGCUACACUGCACUGAGAUUGCGCAGACAAGCGCCGCCCAGAAGACAGCCGUGUUGGCCCGAAAGAUGUGUAGCAAGUUAGUCUGGAGGCCAUCUAUCAACUUCAUCACCAACGAAGAUAUUCAACGCAUCGUCUCUAUAUCAACAGAGCCACCAACACAGGUGCGCAAUUAUCAGCAGCUCUCUGAGUUCAUCAACAUCAUUCACCAUACAACCCCGACGAUGCGCAUUGUAGAACUAGCGCAAGAAAGCUCUAUCUUUGCUCAGGAUAAGACUAUUUUGAAAGAUGUGCUGCAGACGGCAAAUUACACAACCCUCGGAUACGAUGGAAAGACCAAAUCUGGACUAGGAAAUUCUUCUCCUGCGGCCGAAGGGGUUACUCUACAAGCCGAUCAAGAUUUAUUCCAGGAAAACGCCAAGACAGCUGAUCUCGUCGUCUGCUCAGCUAUAUCUUCGGCGCCGUCAAACAUUGCCAAUAAUGCAAGGCUUCUGCUCAAGGAGGAUGGAAGGGUUUGCGCAAUUGAAGCCCCAGAACAAUUGGCAACAGCAAAGUCUGUUCUUCAAGAAGCUGGCUUCACGAACUUUUUCCAAUUUGGGGACUCUGCCUCUGGCGAGCCUGUAUUCCUGGUUGGCUCUUUGGGGAGUGGCGGGAAUGUUGCUGGUGCUGGUCUAAAAGAGAAGGACAUCGUGCUAAUUCAACCAGCCAAUGCGAAUGAAUCCGUUACCGCAGUGGCGGAGCAACUGAAGACAACACUGUCAGCUCUUGGCUAUGGCACGUCCAUUCACACGUGGGGCAUCGACAACGUAUCUACUCUCAAAAACAAGGACUGCGUUGCUCUUCUUGAAGCCCGAUCCGCUGUCUUAGAAUCACUGACAGAGAAGGACUUUUAUGUUGUGCAAACGCUCAUCACCCAAUGCAAAAGUCUCCUAUGGAUUGAUGCAUUGGAUGAUGCCAGGAAAGGUCUGAUCAAUGGUUUAACACGAGUAGUACGCAACGAAAUCCCGGGAAGCCAGCUCCAGACUCUUCACGUAUCAUCAGCAACUCUCUCACAGCCAAAGCAUCUUUCACAUUUGAUUUGUCAACUGUUGGACUCGAAAACUUCUGACAACGAGUUUACUGUUGAAAACGACAUGAUAUAUACCAGCCGUGUCGAAAUAGAUGAGGAACUGAGUGCCGAGAUUGAUGACGCGCAACACGUCGGCGCCGAUGCAACCAGUCUUGUUCCAUUGACUAGCAUAGAUGCUCCCCUAAGCUUAACGAUGACUAGCACUGGUACAGUAUGCUUUAAACGCGAUAGCGUUCCGACAGCAGAUCUCGAGGGCGACGAGUUAGAGAUCAAUGUCAAAGCAAGCACUAUCAGCUCUAAUCAUCUAUUUGCCGAUACUGAUGAGCCUCUCAUAUUUGAAGCAGCGGGUGUGAUUGUUCGCGUUGGAUCUAGCGUGACGAAGUUUCAGCCUGGUGACUCGGUGGUCACGUAUAGUCUUGGCCUCGCAGGUCAGACUUUGCAGAGAACUAAGGCAGAUUUUUGUCAUCGUUUACCUUCGGGAUACACAUUCUCAGAAGCAAUCAGUGGGGUUGCUGCUCAUGCGGCAGCUUGGUAUGCUUUGGACCGAAUUGCUCGGAUUCAGGGCGGACAAUCGAUAUUGAUCCAUGCUGCAGCGGAAGAUGUUGGCCAAGCUGCAAUUCAGAUUGCACGUAACUACAACGCGGAAAUUUACGCAACCAUCAAGGAAGAGGCAGAACGAGAAUUGCUAUGUGGCACAUAUGACAUUCCGAGUGACCACAUCUUCAAUCUGCAGGAUUCUCAUACAGUGGACACUAUCAAGCACAUGACGAAAAGCCGUGGUAUCGACAUCAUCCUCGGCUCGCCGAAAAAUGCGGCUCACAGACAAACGUCGCAAUGCCUUGCGGCCUUUGGUACUUUUGUAGAGAUUGGUCUACUCGACAGCUCACAUAGCAAGGUGUUGGACGCAAAUUUUGUCCCUCAGGACACAACAUUCAGUUCUUUUAGCCUCAGCAACAUUGCUCGCAAGAGUCCUCAGCUUAUGGCUCAGAUCAUAGCCGCCGUUUUCGAACUCCACUCCAAAGGAAUUACGAAGCCCAUAGCUUCUUUCAAAGUUUUUUCGGCCUCUGAAGUGGAGAGCGCAGUUCAGUAUGCGCAGACAGAGGGACAAGACAAGACGAUCAUAUUAUCAUGGAAUGACAAUGACUCUGUACCUUUGAUAGGAUCUGGUGAACGUCAACCCAUUGACCUAAACUUAAGAAGCGAUGCAUGCUAUAUCCUCGUUGGUGGUCUCGGUGGUCUGGGUCGCAGCCUGGCCAUGAUGCUCGCGGAAAACGGUGCGCGAAAAUUGUGCUUCCUUUCGCGAUCAGGGGCAGCUUCAGCCUCAGCCAACGAUCUUAUCAGCGACCUUGAAGAGCUCGGCGUGCAGGUUAGAUGUCUGCAGUGCGAUGUAUCAGAGAUAUCGGCACUCAAGCACGCCUUGGACACCUGUUCAGCAGAGCUUGGUCCAGUACAUGGUGUAAUCCAGUGUGCGAUGGUCUUGCGAGAUACCCUCUUUACCAACAUGUCAUAUAUUCAGUGGCAGGAAUCCACGCUUCCCAAGGUUCAAGGAACGCAAAACCUUCACAAUGCAUUGCCUGAUGUCGAUUUCUUUGUGGCACUUAGUUCUUUUGCCGGUACAUUUGGCAAUCGUGGUCAGAGUAACUAUGCAGCAGGAUGCGCAUACCAAGAUGCCCUUGCCCUUCAGCGCCGCGACGAAGGAAAGAAGGCCACAACUCUUGACGUUGGCCUUAUGCGUGACAUAGGCGUUCUGGCAGAAAACGGCAUGACAGACAAUCUCAAGGAAUGGGAAGAGCCGUAUGGUGUCCGUGAGGGCGAGCUACGAAACCUGGUCAAACUGGCAAUUGCCGGCCGUCUGCCCGCCCAAGUCUUAACUGGCCUUGCUACUGGUGGUAGCGCUGUAGUAGCCGGUAUUCCUCCUCCUUUCUAUCUUUCGGAUGCCAAGUUCUCUAUUAUGGCUACGACAGAUCUUGAAAAAGUGAGUGAUUCUGCCGGCGACUCAAAUAACAGACGCAAGAGCGAUUCAAUUCGAGCGUUGAUAUCCAAAUCGGAGAACUUGGUUGAGGCGAGUGGGCAUAUAACAGCGUCGCUUGUAAGCCGCAUAGCAAAAAUGCUUCAGAUAGAGGCAGAAGAUGUCGAUACUUCGCGGGCACUACAUUCUUACGGCUUAGACUCUCUCGUCGCUAUCGAGAUUGUUGACUGGGCUCUCAAGGAGAUCGAAGCCCGUGUUAGUGUUUUUGAUAUUAUGGCAGCUGUGCCAAUUACUGCAACAGCUAGUAAGAUUGCAAAUGCGUCGGUGCUUUGUAGCAAGGAAUAG